CACCUAACUCUCCUGAGACCAGCCACUGCUGCACAGUUUUAGCAGUAGCAAGGAGUCUGUGCACGUUGUUGGUCCAGUUCACAUUCAACAGAGAAAACAAUGGAUACAAAACAACCGAACUACACAAAGGCAAUUGCACUUGAUAGAGCCCAUCCCUACCCAUCGGCUCAGAAAGCUCUCAACUCUGCAAUUACCACUACCAUAGGACUGGGGCUGUUUGGUGGACUGUGCUACGCUACCUGCUGCGGCUGCUUCGCCAUAAUCUUGGCCAAAAGGGCUUUGGUGAACGUGAGCAAGGGAGAUUUCGAGACAGCGUCGAGAUUUGUUUGUGCAUCGUUUGCUUGUUCCAUUGGUGGAGUCAUUCUUUUUGCCCUGACUUGUGCAGUCCUUGUUAUUUCAUUCGUUGCAUACAUUCGUAUGGUCUACUUAUCCGAAUGACUCUUGUCUUCAUAAUAACAUCAUGCAUACAUUCCUCAUUACGCCUGAAUUUAAACCGGUAUGUGAAUGCAGCGCAAUUUUGGCAAAAAUGCCAGUG